CAGCAGCGCGCAAGUCGUUUGUUCGCGUUUUGUGCUCGCUGUUGAGUUUUGUUUUUUGUUUUUUUUUUGUUUUUCCUGUUGUUGUUUGCUGUUCAUUUUUCGCUCACUGUCUCCCGCGGGUUCUUUUCAUUUCCUGCUUUGCAAAGCGCAAAACUGCAAUUGGGACUAAUUGGUUUGUGUCGUGUAGUGUCGUGUAUGGUGUAAGUGAAGAAAGAAAAUCAUCUUUAGCACAGUUGGAAGCAUAGUUGUAUUUUCUUCCCCUUUUGGUGGAAAAUUGGACGGGAAGUGAACAAGAAGCUUCGAAACGCACACACACAUGCAGUGCAUACGCAGUAGAAAAGUGGAAAUGUUUUCUUGGAGCGAUUAGUGAGCUAGUUUGUGAUUUGUGUGAUAGUUUCUUGGAGAAGAUAUUCUCUUCCCUUCCCUUGCGGUGGCAAUUAGCCAGCGUGAACUCUGUGGCAAACUCGUCAACUUUAUCGUGAUAGUUAAAGCUUUAGAUUGAUAAGCAGUGUGUGUGUGUGUGCAAAACGUUUGCGCAGGUUAAUUGGGCAGAAAUAGCGCUUUGUUGUCUGCCCGUGAAGAACGCGUGAGAAACGCCAAGUCGCCAAGAUGCAGAUACUGGAUAUAAAUCAGAAAGAUUAUGAUCAGAAGCGUCCGGUGUACGAGGACAUCAAGAUUGAUACCGCGUUCCGGAAGAUUAGUCCCCGCUCGAUCGGCUUCCACGUCUGGCGCAUUCAGCAGGAUCAUGUGGAGACACUGCCAAAGGAACAGUACGGUACGUUCUAUGACGAGUGUGCGUACGUCAUCUAUGCUGCGUCGCUUGCGGGGACCACCUGCGAUAAGAGCACUAUUAGCCGUGAAAUCAAAACUCCUGGAGCGGCAAUCGAGCGCAACAUUCACUUCUGGCUUGGUGCUAACAUUCCUGCGGAACGUUCGAAAUCUGCGGCGUACAAGAUAAUUGAGCUGGAUCUACAUCUCGACCACAAAACGACGCAGUUCCGGGAGUCGCAGGGUAACGAGGGCAUACGCUUUCUGUCCUACUUCAAGGAUGACGGUAUCCUUGUCCAUUCUGGUAGCGAUGCAUCUUCAACUCCAACCGACCCAAGGCUGUAUCAAAUUUCCGGGACAGCUCCGCAACGCUGCGUCCAGCAGAAAACGAUCAGCUGGCAGUGCUUCAACAGCGGUCAGGUGAUGAUCCUCCAGACGGCAUCGAUCGUGUUCGUGUGGAUUGGUCGUUCGACCGGCUCGGUCGAGCGGAUCUUUGGCAUACGGAUGGGUGAACGGCUCAAGCAACAGCACACCAUUGCCGAGCUGGCGAUCGUGGACGAUGGUUACGAGCAGUCGAUGAGCAUCGCCCGGAAGGAGGUCUGGAACGGGUAUCUAAAUCUGGCCAAACGCUUCGUCAAACCGAUGCCCCUCACGUCGACCGUCGCCGAGCGGCUGCUGAAGCUGUACCACUGUGACACAGUGAACGGUGUGUUCCGGGUGGAGUUGGUAAAGACGGGUGCGCUCGAGCAAGCGGAUCUGUACGGGCGGGACAGUAUCUACAUUGUGGAUUACUUCCCACAAGCGAUCUGGAUCUGGAUUGGGCGCAGCUCCCACAAACAGAAUCGGGCAGAAGCGAUGCGCCAUGUGCGGGGGUACGUCAUCAAGAAGGGUUAUCCCGCGGGUACACCUGUGGCGCGUGUUAUUGAUGGCCUUGAGCCGGCCGAGUUUGUGAGCCUCUUCCCGGCGUGGACCAGCGCCGACAUUAACGGGAACACGGUGAAGGGGCUGUCGGAGAAGUUUGACGCACUGACGCUGAUACAGCGCCCCCGGAUGGCGGCCAAGAUACAGCUGAUGGACGAUGGGUCGGGCGACAUGACCGUGUACCAGAUCGGCAUCGAUGAGGUGAAAGAGAUCCCGAACAAGUACGCAAAAACGUUUUACUCGGGCAACUGUUACGCGGUGCACUACGAGGUCGCUUGCAGUACGGAGAACGCGAACGGUUCACUGCCAAACUCGAUCCGUAAUGUGGUCUAUCUGUGGUGUGGAUUGAAUGCACCGCCCGAGCAUCGUACGAUUGGCGAAGCGUUCCUGGCCGAGCUGUGCGAGCAUCUGAAGAAGAACGUGGUGCAGGUACGCAUUGCGGAGGGCAUGGAGCCGCCCCACUUUCUGCAGAUCUUCAAGGGAUCGCUGAUCGUGCUGAAUGCGCAAGAUCCGAGUCUGGAGCAGGCGGGCGCUGUAGUUAACAUACGCCAGUACCCCACGAGCUUCGUGCUGAAGGUGGUGGGGAAUGCGACUUACACCUGCAAGGCGGUGCAGGUGUCGAGCAAGACGCUGUACUAUCCGGAAGAUUGCUACAUCCUGAAGGCGCCGGACAAUGAGGUGUGGAUCUGGUGCGGCCAGUACUCGACGGGAGAUUCGCGCGAGAUGGCCAAGUCGAUCGCGGGCCAGCUCGGGGAGUACAGUCUCGUGAUGGAGGGCAAUGAGACGGACGAGUUCUUCAACUCGGUGGGCGAGAAGUUCCUGAAGCAGCUGAAGAAGACGACCACGGCGGGUAAUAUUAUAACGCCCGCGGUACAGACGAACGUGGCGCAGACGUGGGACCGGGCCGUGAUUGGGCUGUACCGCUGUCAGUUGCUGGAGGAUGGGAAGCCAACGUUGAGACAGAUCUUUGGCUUUUCGCAGCAGGAUCUACGGCCGGACAGUAUCUUCCUGCUGGAUGCGGGCAGUAUCGUGUACGUGUGGAUUGGGGAGCAGACGGUGGUGGAAGAGCGGGCCCAGUGUUGGGAGCUGGCGAGGCAGUUGAUCGCGACGCAUCCGGUGCAGCGCGAUACGGCAAUGCCGAUCGCUGCCGUACGGCAGGGUGAGGAACCGAUCACGUUCGUGGGCUUUUUUGAUAGCUGGGACAGGAAGCGUUUUGAGUCGUGUGUGCUGUAUGAAAAUCUGCGAAGCGAAAUCGAAUAUCCGAACGGUGUUGGAGCUGGUGGACGGUUGCCGGGUGCUCCCAUUCCCGUGCCCCGCUCGUCCGUGCGGAGUGAUGAUGGGAGUGGUGAUGAUUUCGACCGAUACCAAAAGUACCCGCUAGAUAUGCUGCGUGGCGAUGCGGCCAAUCUGCCGGCCAGUGUCAAUCCGACGCGCAAGGAGAUCCAUCUGACGCACGACGACUUUGUGACGGUGUUCAGCAUGACGUACCACGAGUUCGAGGAGCUGCCCAAGUGGAAGCAGGUGGAGCUGAAGAAGCAGAAGAAACUGUUUUGAGCCAGGUUGGGCUGUUAGGGAGGGGGGAGUUGUUACUAGAUGGAUGCUAUUAGUGUAUUGCGUUUUUCGAUUGCGAUUGUAUUUUACGCACCAAAGCAAAGGUUGUUGCGCGUUAUGGUGCAUUUUAUUUAUCCGUUAUGUGGUUUAAUAUUUGUAAUAUUUUUAACCUGAAACCUUUUUUUCCUUUUUUUAAUACAUGAAAGCAAAAUAAACGCUUACACUACACACGUUUUUAUUUGAAAAUAAACUGAAUUAAAAUCAUCUGUUUGAUUACUUUUA